AUUUUGCCACACGCUAUCUUUUAUUGGAAGAUGGCUUCCAAGCACAAGAAGCACAGGGCUAUGAGUGAGGGUGAAUGGAUGGCCCGCCUGCGCAGAUUUGCCACCCAGGGGGUCUGGCCUUCUGAGGCGGGAAACAGACCGGCACCACGGCAGAAGAAAUGGCAUGACCUGUAUCAAAAGAUUGAGAAGUGUCCACUGCAACACAGGGGGCAAAUGUCUCUGUUUGGGGGGACACAGACAUGUGACUGUGGUUUCCAUACAAAAAAGCCUUCCAGUUUGGCCCCUGUGUCAUCCACACCAUCCACGUCACCACCUGUAACACCAGGGCAGUCAGAAACAACAUCUGGAAAGCCUACUUUAACUUUGGCAUCGUUUACAAAGCCGCGGUUUGGUGGUGUCCAUGGUGCAGCUUUAAAGCCAAAUCUAGGUGUUGCAAGGACGCAUGCAACCAAGCCUAUUAGCACUUCUGCAUUGCCCAGCCCUGCACCUAGGACACCAUCUCCUGCUCGCAGUCCCAGGCUGUAUAUUCAGACCGUCUCCCCCCUGUCUCUUCCUCCUUCUUCUGUGUCUGAAGCAACCUCUUCUUCCUGUGGUCCAGGAGCUGCUUCCAGAGUUGAAGUAUCAGCCGCUGCCUCUUCUGGGACGUCCUCUGCUCCUCUCAUCCCUGUGAUCAGCUCCACCUGUGUUUCCUCUGCUGCUCCAUUUGUGGCUGGAUCCUCUGUCCAACCUGCCGAGGAUAGGGUGACCGCUCCAGGUUCAGAGUCUGGAUGGCUUCCCACAAAGUUGAUGAAAACCAUACCACUACAGGAUCAGAAGUGGAUUUCAGCAGCUUUGUGGAAGCAACAUCGGCUUCGUACCGACCUGAAGCUGUGGUAUGAUCCACCAGAGCCAGCUCUGAUCUAUCACCAAGGCCCCGCUCCAGAGCGUUUCUUUACACACAGGCUUCUACUCUGGAUGCCAUACCACCUCUGGAAGGUCAGGCUGUCCUGUCCUGUGUGUGGGAGACAGCUCACAGGCUAUGGGGCACACAAGAGAGCCCGCCAGGUUCUGGAUGUGGACCGCUUUUAUCUAAUGAUCACAGAGACUCUCUGGUGCAGUGGGUGCAAAGCGGCCUUUAUUUCCACCAGCAAGGCCAUCUUGGACCAGCUGGACUUAGCUCACAGAUUGGAAUUUAGGCUGAUCCUAACUCGAAAGUAUGCCUGUGACAUGCGGGUCAUAAGGUUCCUCAGGGAGAGGGCCCUGGGCAACAGCCCUUCUCGCUUAGUGAGGCAGCUGCGGGAGAACCACAGCGAAGAGUGGCUGAAGCGUCUUUGCCGAUACCUUGGUGCCUGCUCAGACUUCACCUCCCAGCCAAGCCUGCUCCCUGUGAGAUUUCAGGAGCCACCUGAGCCUGAAACUAUCCCCUCCCACAGGUGGAUGCUGGCUGUUUAUGGGCGAGAUAUCUUGUGCAGGAUUGACCACAUUAAAGCCAGCAUAACGUCCACAUAUGGAUGCAUCCUGAAGAUGGACUCCACCAAAAAGAUCACAAAGAAGCUGUCGGGGUUUGCAAAGGGGACAGCAUUGUGGCUAACAUCUGUCAGCAAUGAGGUGGGCCAAAUCCUCAUUAGUGUUCUGACAGCUCAGGAGGGUCCAGCCCUGGACCGAAUGGCAGCUGACCUCAUCCGGAGGUACACUGAUGCAGGUGUGGCUCCGCCUCAGCUCCUUUAUGUGAACUGCGACUGCUGUCGGGAGGGCACUGGGCAGACCAAGCUCAAGCAGCGAUUUGGUGGGUGGCCAGACUUGGUGGUGAAGCUGGACAUCUACCACUUCAUGCGGCGACUGGCAGCUGGGUGCACUAAGGAUGCACAUCCUCUUUACCCCAUUUUAAUGGCACGCAUGUCUUCCUGUAUUUUUGAAUGGGACAGUGGGGAUGUGUCUCUGCUGAGGCAGGCCAAGAGGGAGCAGCUGAGACAUGAAGGUAUCCCUAACAUCACCGCCAAUAUGGUGGAUCAACGGAUCACCAAGGAGGAAUUGGACCUGCACUGCCGAAGGCGGACAAGAGGAGAGAAGCAGACCAUCUUGAUGAUUGAGCACCUCCUCAGUGAGCUGAUGGGGGUAAAGGGUCGAGACCUUCUUGGUGUCCCUCUUUUGGACCAGCAGAGUAUGCAGAAUAUCUGGAAACUCCAGAAGAAGCACGUAAAGUGCAUUCAGGACGAACCAGGUGUGCUGCUCUACACAAAGACCGGCACCACCACCAAAAAUGGUAUUGUGCUGCCAAAUUACAGAUGUGCAAGGGGCUCCACAUCACUGGAGUCCUUUCAUCUACAUCUGAACAGGUUCAUUCCAGGAACAAGUGCCAACAGCUUGAAUUUCCAGCUGUACCUCCUGGAAGGCCUGAACAGAUGGAAUCAAGACCGUAAAAUGGCAUCUCUGGCAGGCAAACCUCCAUCCAUGUUAAGCUACUCCGGGGACCUGAUGCACUGUGUCAACACCCAAAGUGUUAAGGUACUUGGAAGAGAGCUUGCACCAUCUUUUCAGCCACCAUCUGUCUAUACUGGUGAACUCAUAGGUAUAGAUUACCUGUACCGUCAAACAGGGCAGGCCUUACAGGAUUUGGAUCCUGACUCUGAGGUGACAGAUCAGAUGUUGGAGGAUGUGGGCACAGAGGAGGAGUUGGAGGAUGAGGGCUUCGGAGAUAUCAGUUUGGACCUCAACCUGGAUCCCACUAUUGAGGCGCUGGACCUGUCCUCUGGCUCAUCACCCGCCACGACCAGCGUUGCCAGCACUCCUGCCUCUGUCCAGACUGGGUCUGCUAACACCACUACAGCAGCACCUAAUCAACAACUGUUUUACGCCGCCUCUGGUCCAUCCUCCACGACCACCUACACCACCUCUGGGCCAUCGUCCAUGACCACCUAUGCCACGUCUGGUCCAUCCGCCAUGAUGACCUACACCACCUCUGCGCCAUCCUCCACAACCACCUACACCACCUCUUGUGCAUCCUCCACGACCACCUACACCACCUCUGGUCCAUCCUCCAUGACCCCCUACACCACCUCUGCGCCAUCCUCCACAACCACCUACACCACCUCUGGUCCAUCCUCCACGACCACCUCUGGUCCAUCCUCCAUGACCACCUAUGCCACGUCUGGUCCAUCCGCCAUAAUGGCCUACGCCACCUCUGCGCCAUCCCUCAAAAGCACCUACGCCGCCUCUGAUCCAUCCUCCACGACCACCUACACCACCUAUGGUCCAUCCUCCAUGACCACCUACGCCACGUCUGGUCCAUCCGACAUAAUGACCUACGCCACCUCUGCGCCAUCCUCCACAAGCACCUACGCCACCUUUGGUCUAUCCUCCACGACCACCUACACCACCUCUGGUCCAUCCUCCUUGACCACCUACGCCACGUUUGGUCCAUCCGACAUAAUGACCUACGCCACCUCUUCGCCAUCCUCCACAAGCACCUACACCGCCUCUGGUCCAUCCUCCACGACCACCUACACCACCUCUGGUCCAUCCUUCACGACCACCUACAUCACGUCUGGUCCAUCCGCCAUGAUGACCUACGCCACCUCUGCUCCAUCCGCCACAACCACCUACGCCUCUGUCCUUCCUCUCCCAACCACCCUCACUGUCUCUGUAGCCACUGCUCCCCCAGCAGUGCAACCAGUCCCUGAGAAACCACUGGCUGUGGAUGAACGCAGUGUACCAGGGAUAGAUAGAGUGGACAACCUUGCAAGCUACUUGGUGGGGCUUAGGAUGGAAUCUGGUCAAACUCUGAGCCACCAGCAGGCCAGUACCAUCAUUGCCCUAUGGCAAAGCCUGCUUCCAUAUGACCAGCAGAGAGUGGCGUAUGCUGCCCGGCACCAGGUGAAUCAUACAACAGGACGCUUCAGGUGCUCAAAAACCAAGCCUGAAUUCACACCUGGUGUGGAUAGCAUGACCCGUUGCGUCCUUGGGUCAACAGGAUCCCCUGCCCAGUGGCCAGACUGUUGCCGCCUGGUAGAGUCUAUCUUUGUUAAACUGUGUGAUAUUCACAGGAGCCCCAAAAAAAUAGGAAAUCAUGCUGUAACAAGAUGGACUCUAAUUCUGAGGGACUACAGCAAGAUCCGGCAGCUGGUCCUGGGCAAUGGGACUGUGAUGGAGAAUACCACCCUGCAAUUGUUUCAGGUGAAUCAAACAACUUUAAAUCAAUGGCACAAGAAACGGCUAAAGAGGCAAGAAUGUGCCAUCCUGCUUCAGGGUGUGAACUUGCCAGCCCCCAUUCCUAUUGCUGCUAGGCCUCUCCCGCCUGGACAGACUCGCCCCACUACAGCCCCCCCACAGCCUGGUCCCCAACACAGCUACCACCUGCCUGCAAGCACAGUGGGAAAGGCAGUGGACAAGCGAAAGUCUGCAGUUCCAGCCCCGCACCCCCCUCCUCCAAAGGUUUUCCGACCAAGGCAUUUGUUCCCUGCUGAUUCUGCUCCAUUACCUGUUGUUCCCAACCCCAGUCCUGCAUUUGCCCCGUUUGUGUUUUUAUGUCCAGUUCCUGUCAUCCGGCAGAUUGCUCCAGCUGGCCCCAUUCCCUCCCCACCACCUGCUCGGAGGCCCUACGUCCGCACUGUGGACAAAAACAAGUGCAGUCUGUGCCACCAGCCCCGGAACAAAGAUACUGGCCACAGCCAGUAUUAUGGCCACAUUUACUGUCCCCUGACUGCUGUUAUGCCACUUGACCAAUGGAGGGAGGAGAUGAAGAAGAAGAGGGCAGAUAAAAAAUAAUAAUUUGUUCAUUUAAAAUGCUAUGUGUGUGUGCUUGCUUGCGUACACCUCUGUUAGGGUCAUUUGU